AAAGAAUCCUCACAAUGUCCAAACUCAUCACCGUCUUCGGCGCAACCGGCAACCAGGGUGGUUCUAUAAUCAAAGCCAUCCUUGCCGAUGCUGCCUUGUCCAAGGAGUUCAAGAUCCGAGGUAUCACUCGCGAUGUAUCCAAGCCUGCUGCACAGGAGUUGGUGAAGCAGGGUGUUGAAGUCAAGAGUGCCGACAUGGACUCGACAGCCUCUCUGGUCGAUGCCGUCAAAGGCUCUCACACUGUCUUCCUGGUCACUACUCCAGCAUGGGGCGGCGGCUUUGAAGUCGAGCUAGUCCACGGCACGAAUGUCGCCAACGCAGCCAAAGAAGCAGGCGUGCAGCACAUCAUCUUCUCCUCUCUGCUCAACGUGACGGAGACUUCUGGCGGUCGCCUUACGAAUGUGCACCACUUUGACAUGAAGCAAAAGGUCGAAGCAUAUAUUCAAUCCACCGGAUUGCCUGCCACAUUCGUCCUGCCUGGCUACUUCAUGUCCAACUUUGCUGGCUUUGGUAUGAUCCGCAAGGGUGAGGACGAUGUGUAUACCCUCGCCUACCCGGUUUCCAGCACCGCCAAGUUCCCUUUGAUCGAUAUUUCUGAAGAUAUAGGCAAAUUCGUCGUUGCCGCCAUCAAGAAGCGCUCGGAGCUCAUUGGGGCGCAGAUUCUCGCCGCUGCCGAUUACUACACUCCCGCUGAAAUCCUGGCUGAAUUCGAAGCAGUCACUGGUCACAAGACGCGAUACGUACAGGUCGACUCGGAAACAUACAAAGGGUUCAUGCCUCCCCCGAUUGCUGACGAGAUGCUUGAGAAUCAUCUCUUUAUCGAUAACCCAGGCUACUACAACAAUCGCAGCUUGGAUGAGACGAAGAGCUUGUUGGCGAGUGUCGGGUUGAAGGCUACGACUUGGAGGGAGUAUUUGGAGAAGAACAAGAGUAGCUUUGCUUAGUGGAGAUUGUAAUUGAUAGGUAGCUUGAAGUAGUGGAUAUACCUUAUGAGGGUUACUGCAUAUUUUAUUUUUGAUGAAACAAUGAAUAAUGCCCUUAUAUUCGAU